AUGGCUUCCAGCGGGGCGGCGGCGAGCGCAGCCAGCCUGGCAAAUGAAGCCCCUGAGAUUCCAGACAACGUGGGAGGCUGGCUCCGGGGCGUCUACCGCUUUGCCACAGACAGGAACGACUUUCGGAGGAACCUGAUCCUCAGUUUGGGACUAUUUGCUGCGGGAGUGUGGCUGGCCAGGAAUUUGAGUGACAUUGAUCUAAUGGCACCUCAGCCAGGAGUAUAACCAAGUAGACAAUCGGAAUUCCUGGGCUCUACCCAAACUUUCCAAAACAAGAGUAUAGUUUAUGGCCACCACAAGAUAAUGCUUGAUGGCAGCUGAAGUUUCUCCUUCCUUUUCUAACACUGAAGUGUUUGUUGCCUUGGUUCUGUAAAAGUUCUGUACAUAGUUGUGAUGUUUCUGCAGGGAGGUGAUCUUUGUUCAUGUCCUAAAGGAUUAAGAAUGGUGUUAUAACAAGUAUUUGAAAUAAAGACUGUACACAGAAAAAAAAAAAA